UGUAAGAAGGCUGAUCUCACAAGCUCCAGCAACAAUGACUCUGACUAAAGCUGAGAAGGCUGCAGUGGUUGCCAUUUGGGGAAAGAUAGCUGCCCAAGCUGAUGCCCUUGGGACCGAGUCACUGGAGAGGCUUUUUUCAAGCUACCCCCAGACCAAGACCUAUUUCCCCCAUUUUGAUCUCAGCCAAGGUUCUGCUCAGCUUCAUGGCCAUGGCUCCAAGGUCCUGGGUGCUAUUGGUGAAGCUGUCAAGAACAUCGAUAACAUUACAGGUGCCUUGGCCACACUUAGCGAGCUGCAUGCCUACAUCCUCCGAGUCGAUCCAGUGAACUUCAAGCUGCUUUCCCAUUGCAUUCUGUGCUCUGUUGCUGGCCUCUUUCCCAACGACUUCACCCCAGAAGUCCAUGCUGCAUGGGACAAGUUCCUGUCCCAGAUUUCUUCGGUGCUGACUGAGAAGUAUAGAUAAACUGUCUCCUUGGAUCAUGAGGCCAUGGCAGCUAGGAGUGGAAUUCCCACCCCUCAUCAUGCAUGCUUCAUGAAUCCCCACACAUGGGUUUUGUCCUUAACAACAAGUCAAUAAAUAUGCCAAUUAG